GCGGGCGGCGGCGGCGCGGGGGCGAGCAGGUCACUCGGAGCCGGAGGUGGCCGGCGGCGCGGGGGCGAGGAUCGGUGGAACAGGGAAGAAGAAGAACAGUAGAUUCGGUCCUGUGUGGUCGUGGGCCGCUCAUGGGCCUCGCCCUUGAGGAGCCUGCCAGCGGCGGCCCAGCGUUGCUCACACCGACGCCUCCGGUUAUCAAGUUCUCCCACGCCGUCGCCGCCUAAACCUUCCCCCCACCGCCCCCACGCGCCUCUCUCCUCGCCGCCGGCCGCCGGCGAGUAGCAGGAUACUCGUGCCUCUGCGUUUUGAAGGUCUCUCCGUAUCAACUGAGCUUCUGUUUACCGGGGAGAGUAUAGAAGCAGUGUGAGGAGCAAGGUGAAGCAGGGAGGUGGGUAUGGCGGAGGAGGUGCAUCUAGGUCUGCCUGGUCCCUGGGCGGCGGACUACCGGGAGAAGGCCGACCACUACACCACUAAGAUCGGUGGAGUACCUGAUUGGCCAGCUGGUGAUAUGGGCAUUAAGCCUGAAAUGCUUCAGUGCAGCUUAUGUGGAGCUAAGCUUUGUCUCGUUGCUCAGGUAUAUGCACCUGUGGUGAAGCUAAACAUUGAGGAGAGGGUAAUCUAUGUGCUUGUUUGCCCGACACCAGAAUGUGGGCCUAAAUCUCAAAGGCAAAUUUGGAAGGUCCUAAGAGUUCAAAGAUGCGGUAAUGUUGAGAAAACAGAAGGUGGCAAUGAUGAAUUAGGUCAAGCGACUGGACCUUCUUCUACAAGUGUCCCAGAAGAACAGAUUGAUAAAAAUAAGAGUCCUGAUAUCAACGAUGAUGAUUUCGAUCUAGACGCCUUAGCUGAAGCACUUGAGCAAGCUGCGACAUUGGCAUCUAACUCGAAAAAGAAAAAUAAGUCAAAGCGUGCUAGUGCCCCUAUAAAACGCCCUGUAUUAAAGGAGAAAACAGAUGAUCUGAGCAUACCAGUUCUUCCUUGUUUUUACAUAUACUAUGAUAAGGAACAAUACCGGGGAAAAGGUACUAUGGGUUCAAGUAGCAAUGAAUUGGUUUUGGACAAAGAAAUAACAGAUACAACAAAUGAUGAAGAAGAAAAAUGGGAAGGAGAAAAGUAUGAGUAUGAUAAAGCUAUUGGUGCCGACAGAACUUUCUUAAAAUUCAAGAAGCGGUUGGAUGCAUAUCCUGAGCAAUGCUUUAGGUAUUCUUAUGGUGGCAAGCCACUGUUGGCUGCAACAAAGUUACAAGAUGCUGGCACUUGUAGGCUGUGUGGCUCAUCACGCCAGUAUGAAUUGCAAUUGAUGUCUCCAUUAUCAUAUUUUCUCCAUGAAGCUAGUGAUGAUUGCUCAAAUUAUGCAGCCAGCAGCUGGACUUGGCUAACUCUUAUCAUAUACACUUGCUCAAAGAGCUGCUGCCCGUCGUCAUGUGGUGGAAAGCCUUGCAGCUGUUGCUGGGGUGUAGCUGAGGAGGAGAUAAUGAUUCAGGAGGAUGAAGCCGUCUAGCACCUAAUCUGUUGAUUCCUGGUAGCUGUUGAGGAAGUCAUGAUCCAGGAGGAUGAAGUCCUAUCUGAUCUAAUUUGCUGAGAAACACCGUUCCUGGUUUGAGUGUGUGAUAUACAGCUCCUGUUGCCGUUUCCCAUUGUUUGAGUUGUAAUUUGUAGAGCUAUCUGCAAUUUUGUGCUACUUUUGUGUAGAUCCUGCAAACUGUCAAAAACAAAAUACGGCCGCCUUGCCUGGUCACAAGGGAUGUCAUGAACAUUUUUGCCUGGAGUCUGAACUCUGAAGAAACCCUGGUUAACACGAGCUGGUUGGCUGCAA